CUCUGUCUGAUACAAUCUUGCAUUAGUCAACCAAAACGUCCUGCUGGUAGCCAUGCAGUUCUCCAGUAAAACACUCAGGAUUUAUUCACAGAUAUGUCACCUUGCGAACAGGCACGUGACAGCGGCGACAGUGCAGAGAAGCAGGAACGUCUCCACUCAGCCCAGAAGACUGUGUCACUUCAGCGGGGUUCCUCCCUUCACUGAACACGCGCAGCAUCCCGUCUGUCCGUCUCCAAACACAGGGUUUGGGAGCAGAAUUGGUGGAGCCUGGAGCAAAAGCAUCCAUCUGACGCCAUCAAAUCUGAGGAAGCCCACCCUUGUGCAGAUAAGUGAGCUGUCGGAAGCUGCAUAUGAGAAGCUGGCAGAUGAAACAUUGGAUGCUUUGGCUGAGUUCUUUGAAGACCUGACAGAUGAAGCUUUCACUGGAGCAGACUAUGAUGUUGUCUUCUCUAGCGGUGUUUUGACAGUGAAGGUUGGCGGACACCAUGGAACCUACGUCAUCAACAAACAGACACCAAAUAAACAAAUCUGGCUUUCUUCUCCUACAAGUGGACCGAAGCGCUAUGACUGGACAGGUGAACGCUGGGUGUACACUCAUGAUGGUGUUAGCCUCCACCAGCUGCUUUCUAAGGAGUUUUCUAUCAUCUUCAGUGUAGACAUGAACCUGUGUGACCUACCCUAUUCUUGAUACAUUAUAACUUUUGUAAGUUCCAGAACAACUGUUAGAUGAUAAGGGAGCCAAAGACACAGCAUAUACAGAACCGGCCAAAAGUUUGGAGACACCUACUCAUGCAAAGACACAAGAAGCACAGUUGUUAACAUGUUGUAAUUUUCUUCAUUGUUAUAUGUUCCUGUCUUUUACUUUGAUGUCAGAUUUGCACACUUUACCCUCUCUCAGCUCGUUUCAUAAGGUCUCAAAUAUAGUUUUUCCAACAAUCAAAAAACAGUUCCAACAUGUGCACUUCUUGGCUGCUUUUUCUUUACAUGGUGUAAAGAAAAAGCUUAUCCAAAACCAUGUCAGCAUCUCAGGUUUAGGUCAGUGAUUAUGGAGAACAUCAUUGAUGUAGGACUCCAUGAAUUUGCCUCUUGGUCAAAUAGGCCUUAAAGAGGCUGGUUGGAGGGUUUAAGUAGAUAACCUGGUUAAAAACCAAAUGUCUGCUGUCAAUAGCAACCCCAUCCCUACCACACUCCAUCACAGCCCUUCAUCCAAGAUGCAGGGUAGGAACAAAACAUGCAGUUCCCAUCUUUUACCCUCUCUGCAAGUCACAAAGACACAUUGGCUGGAACCAGAAAUCUCUUGAACUGUAGGUCUUCCCCUCCAGAGGUGGUCCUCAUUAUCAGUGCUUGAAAUUUUGUCUUAAAAACUGCAGAAGUUCUUGGCAUUUUUCAGAUUGACUGACCUGUAUCCUUACAUAGUUGAGUGAUUCUUGCCAUAAUACCAAUUACUACAGUUAACUGGGCUAUUUGCUGUGUGCCAGUGCUAACUCAGCAAAACCUAAGUAAUGGUGUCAACAUUAAGACGGCAAGGUACCUGUCCUCAUGGUAAAAACAAACAUUACACACCUCACUGUGAAUGGCUGUUUUUUUCUGACAAGUCUAUCAUAUGUAAUAUUGGAGUUACUUUGUCAUGGUCAGCUGUCUGCUGUCAUAGCACUCUGAGCUUUGUGAUUGGCCUACUUAAACAGGAACAUUGACUGUUGGUGACUUUUCAGUAGGCUUCUCUUCCUCAUAUAGCAUUCUUAGCUUUUGUAUCCUGCAUUUUGACACAGGUAAAGCAUCCAAAGCUUGUUAAGCGUUCAGGACUGAGAGCAAGUGUGGACGCUGGAACCCAAUGCUAAUUCCGUGAUUUAUCAAUAAAACUAUUUAAUAGCUUUCCUGUAA